CCGGCCGCACCAUGCGAAGCGCUCGGGCGCUGCUGCUCGCCCUCGCCCUACGGGUCUGCGCCCUGGACACCGAGACGCCCGCCGCUGGCUGCACCUUUGAGGAGGACAGUGACCCGAACCAGUGCGAGUACAGCCAGGGGGAGGAGGAUGAUUUUGGGUGGGAGCUCAUCCGCAGCUACAUGAUGCCACACCUGACACCUGACCUGCCCCACGGCUCUUACCUGAUGGUCAACUCCUCUCAGCACUCCCCUGGCCAGAGAGCUCACCUGCUUUUCCAGGCUCUGAGUGAGAACGACACCCACUGCCUGCAGUUCAGCUACUUCAUGUACAGCCGCGACGGCCGCAGCCCCGGCACCCUCAGCGCCUACGUCCGCGUGACGGGGGGCCCGGUGGGCAGCGCCGUCUGGAACGCCUCCGGCUCCCACGGCCGCCAGUGGCACCAGGCCGAGCUGGCUGUCAGCUUGUUCUGGCCCAGUGAGUACCAGGUCCUCUUCGAGGCGGUGGUGUCCAGCGAGCGCAGGGGUUACCUCGGCUUGGAUGACAUCCUGCUCUUGAAUUAUCCGUGCUCGAAAGCACCUCAUUUCUCCCGGCUGGGUGACGUGGAGGUGAACGCAGGGCAGAAUGCGACCUUCCAGUGUGUGGCUGCGGGGAAGGCAGCUGAGGCUGAGCGGUUCCUCAUGCAGAGGCAGAGUGGGGAGGUGGUUCCAGCUGCCUCCGUGAAGCACAUCAGCCACCGGCGCUUCCUGGCCACCUUCCAGCUGGACGAGGUGUCCAAGGAGGAGCAGGAUCUGUACCGCUGUGUCACCCAGUCCAGCCGUGGUUCUGGUGUCUCCAACUUUGCUGAGCUCAUUGUGAAAGAGCCUCCUACACCCAUUGCCCCCCCCCAGCUGCUCCGGGCUGGUUCCACUUACCUCAUCAUCCAGCUCAACACCAACUCCAUCAUCGGCGACGGCCCCAUCGUGCGCAAGGAGAUCGAGUACCGCAUGACCUCGGGGCCCUGGUCGGAGAUCCACGCUGUCAACAUGCAGACCUACAAGCUCUGGCACUUGGAUCCUGACACAGAGUACGAGAUCAGCGUCCUGCUCACCCGGCCCGGCGAGGGGGGCACCGGCAAACCGGGGCCGCCCCUCAUCAGCCGCACCAAGUGUGCAGAGCCCAUGAGAGCCCCCAAGGGCCUGGCUUUCUCUGAAAUCCAGUCCAGGCAGCUGACAUUACAGUGGGAGCCGCUGGGCUACAACCUGACCCGCUGUCACACCUACACCGUCUCUCUCUGCUACCGCUAUCUCGUGGGCAGCGGCCACAACCAGACCUUCCGCGAGUGUGUGAAGAUGGAGCGCAACACCAACCGCUACACCAUCAAAAACCUGCUGCCCUACAAGAACAUCCACGUCAAGCUCAUCCUCUCCAACCCUGAGGGCCGCAAGGAAGGCAAGGAGGUGGUGUUCCAGACGGAUGAGGAUGUGCCUGGUGGCAUUGCCUCUGAGUCCCUCACCUUCACCCCGCUGGAGGACAUGAUAUUUCUCAAGUGGGAGGAACCAGUGGAACCCAACGGCCUCAUCACACAGUACGAGAUCAGCUACCAGAGCAUCGAGUCCUCUGACCCCGCGGUCAACGUGCCGGGCCCGCGACGCACCGUCUCCAAACUGCGCAACGAGACCUACCACGUGUUCUCCAACCUCCACCCCGGCACCACCUACCUCUUCUCGGUCCGGGCCCGCACUGGGAAGGGCUUUGGCCAGACAGCCCUGACUGAGAUCACCACCAACAUCUCUGCUCCCACCUUUGACUACGGGGACAUGCCGUCACCGCUGAGCGAGUCCGAGAGCACCAUCACGGUGCUGCUGCGGCCGGCGCAGGGCCGAGGGGCUCCCAUCAGCACCUACCAGGUCAUCAUAGAGGAAGAGCGGCCCCGGAAGCUGAAGCGGGAGCUGGGGGGGCAGGAAUGCUUCCCGGUGCCCCUCACCUUUGAUGACGCCAUGUCCCGUGGCUCUGUCCACUACUUUGGGGCUGAGCUGCCUGCCAGCAGCCUCACUGAAGCCAAACCCUUCACGGUGGGGGACAACCAGACCUACAGUGGCUACUGGAACCCACCUCUGGAGCCGAAGAAGGCCUAUCUCAUCUACUUCCAAGCCAUGAGUAACCUCAAAGGGGAGACUCGGCUGAACUGUGUCCGGAUUGCUCGCAAAGCUGCCUGCAAAGAGAGCAAACGUCCUCUGGAGGUGUCACAGCACUCGGAGGAGAUGGGGCUGAUCCUGGGGAUCUGUGCUGGAGGGCUCAUCGUGCUCAUUAUCCUCCUGGGAGCCAUCAUCGUCGUCAUUCGCAAAGGGAAACCAGUCAACAUGACCAAAGCCACCAUUAACUACCGGCAUGAGAAGACACACAUGAUGAGUGCCAUCGACAGGAGCUUCACCGACCAGAGCACGCUGCAGGAGGACGAGCGCCUGGGGCUCUCCUUCAUGGACACCCACAACUACAGCAACCGGGGUGACCAACGCAGCAGCGUUGUCAACGAGUCCAGCAGCCUCCUGGGGGGUUCCCCCCGCCGCCAGUGCGGCCGCAAGGGCUCCCCAUAUCACACCGGGCAGCUGCAUCCCGCCGUGCGCGUGGCAGAUCUGCUCCAGCACAUCAACCAGAUGAAGACAGCAGAAGGUUAUGGCUUCAAGCAGGAGUAUGAGAGUUUCUUUGAAGGCUGGGAUGCUUCAAAGAAGAAAGACAAGACCAAAGGGAGACAGGAUCACGUGUCCACAUACGACCGUCACCGCGUGAAGCUGCACCCGCUGCUGGGCGACCCCAACUCCGACUACAUCAACGCCAACUACAUCGAUGGCUACCACAGGUCCAACCACUUCAUAGCCACGCAAGGGCCCAAGCAGGAGAUGGUGUAUGACUUCUGGCGCAUGGUGUGGCAGGAGCACUGCUCCAGCAUCGUGAUGAUAACCAAGCUGGUGGAAGUGGGCCGGGUAAGGACCUCAUCCCAUCCCCUCUCCCUCCAGGUUCUGGCUCUUCCAGAAGCCUCUUCCUCAGAACUAAAACACCAUGCUGUCCUCUUCUUGCAGGUGAAAUGCUCCAAGUACUGGCCAGAUGACUCUGAGAUGUAUGGGGACAUCAAGAUCACCCUGGUGAAGUCGGAGUCGUUGGCUGAGUAUGCCGUCCGCACCUUCGCCCUCGAGAGGCGGGGUUACUCUGCCAGGCACGAGGUGAAGCAGUUCCACUUCACGUCGUGGCCUGAGCACGGCGUCCCGUACCACGCCACGGGGCUGCUGGCCUUCAUCCGCAGAGUGAAGGCAUCCACGCCGCCCGACGCCGGCCCCAUCGUCAUCCACUGCAGUGCUGGCACGGGAAGAACUGGCUGCUAUAUUGUCCUGGAUGUUAUGUUGGACAUGGCUGAGUGUGAGGGUGUUGUGGACAUCUACAACUGUGUGAAGACCCUGUGCUCACGGAGGAUCAACAUGAUUCAGACAGAGGAGCAGUAUGUGUUCAUCCACGAUGCCAUCCUGGAAGCCUGCCUGUGUGGGGAGACCAGCAUCCCUGCCAGUGAGUUCAAGCCCACCUACAAGGAGAUGGUGAGGAUAGAGCCUCAGAGCAAUUCCUCACAGCUGCGGGAAGAGUUUCAGACCCUGAACUCAGUGACUCCCCACCUGGACGUGGAGGAGUGCAGCAUCGCCCUGCUGCCCCGCAACCGCGAGAGGAACCGCAGCAUGGACGUGCUGCCGCCAGACCGAUGCCUUCCCUUCCUCAUCUCCGUGGAUGGAGACAGCAACAACUACAUCAACGCGGCCUUAACCGAUAGCUACACCAAGAGCGCUGCCUUCAUCGUCACCCUGCACCCGCUGCAGAACACCACCACCGACUUCUGGCGGCUGGUGUACGACUACGGCUGCACCUCCAUCGUCAUGCUCAACCAGCUCAACCAGUCCAACUCUGCCUGGCCCUGUUUGCAGUACUGGCCUGAGCCAGGGCUCCAGCAGUACGGCCCCAUGGAGGUGGAGUACGUGUCCGGCGCGGCGGACGAGGACAUCGUGUCCCGUCUCUUCCGAGUCCAGAACAUCACACGGUUGCAGGAGGGACACCUGAUGGUCCGGCAUUUCCAGUACCUGCGGUGGUCGGCCUAUCGAGACACCCCAGACUCUAAGAAGUCCUUUCUGCACCUCCUGGCCCAAGUGGAGAGGUGGCAGAAGGAAAGUGGAGAUGGCAGGACUGUGGUGCAUUGCCUGAAUGGAGGUGGCCGAAGUGGCACCUUCUGUGCCUCCACCAUGAUCCUGGAGAUGAUCAAGUGUCACAACAUGGCAGAUGUUUUCUAUGCUGCAAAGACCCUCCGCAACUACAAGCCAAAUAUGGUAGAGACCUUGGAACAGUAUCAUUUCUGCUAUGACAUAGCACUGGAAUACCUGGAGUCCUUGGAGAGCAGAUAGCACCUGGCCAGGAGAGGGGCAGCGAGGGCCAGCCCCACGGCGCUCGGACGUUGCGUUAGUGCUAAAGGGUGAGGAGGAGAGAAGCAGCAAAGGAAGCCAGUGAGGAAACCCAUCAGCUCACCAACAACCAGAAAGGUGUGAGGACGUGUGGGCCACUCCCUGGCUCCAUCCUCUGCUCUCCAUUUUCCUUCCUGCCCUGAGCCUGGCCCCAGCAAUCGCUCGGCCGUGGGGUCGCCGUGUGCAGGAUGGGCCCCGGGGAGCUGUCUGGGAUGGCUGAAGCAGCUGCAGAGGAGGCCAGGGAAGGGAGGAGGAGGCCAGAAGGAGCCAAGGCCAUUCCCCAGCAGGGAAGGAUGGAUAUUUGGAGAAGAGAUGUUGCUUUUUUUGAGUUGUGUGUGGAAUUGAAGGUGCUUUUCCAAGGAGCCCAAGGCAGGUUUUGCCCUUGGGAACCCUCCCUGAGCUGGUCAAAGGCCCUGAGAGAAGCUCUUGAGUUUCUGCCUGUUUGCACCAUGAGUCUGAUCUUCUCUUUCUUUCAGUUCUGUGAGUUGCAACCCUUUUGUGUAUCCAGCCCUGGAUGAGGGGUGGUGGGAGGGAGGUGGGGGCUCUGCAUCUGCCUGGGCACAGGGGUCACCAGGCUCUGCAGGGACUGACCCAGAGCCCUCCUGUGCCUUUGCUGAGCUUGUCAAGCAAUGGUUCCCCUGCACCUCUGCACCAUCUUCUCUGUCUGUAGCAAUUGAUUCCUCCUGGGCUCACCCAAAGGCACCAGCCCCUGCUGCCCCCUUUUGUGAGCUGCUGCACAUGUGACACCUUUGGUGCCCAGAACCUAAAAUCCCCAAAGCUGGGAUCCAUCCCAUAUGCCCCCUGGAUUGGAUGCUGCUCCCAGGCAGUUGCCUGUCGAUGCUGCUUGGCUUUUGCUGGGCUUGGUGGAGUGAGGUGGUUGCUUUUGGGGAUGGUGGUGGUGUGGGGUGAGCUGUGCUGAAGCCUUGAGCUGUGGCAAUGCUUUGAGGCUGGGCAGGGGGGGUGGUCCCUGUGCCCCCAGUGCCACAGGGAUUGAAGGUACCUGUUGGAUUCUUGGCUUCAUCCUGUGUGAGAUGUCACCUUUCCUGUCUGAUACUGAAGGAGUUACAGGGGUUUCUGCUUACAGCCUGGUUGUAGGAGAGCUGUGGUCAGGGGGUUCACUCUCUGCAAAGAAGGUGCAAGAAGAGUAGUGGAGGUUGGAGUUGCCCUUAGAGCCUUGAGGAACUGAGACACAGGUUGCUUCUGUCUUGAGGGCCAGGCAGAAACCUUCACAGUCACUUUCUGGGGAGGCCAGACCAGUCCCAGCACUGGGGCUGCCCUGGAUGAGCAAACCCAGGAGAUAUUUCCAUCAACCCUCCAAGGCUGGAGCAGAGCAAUGAGAGCAAUCUCUGCCCUCUCUCCACCUUGGAUGGUGACCCACUCACCUGCCUUGUGAGUGCCUGGGGGCACUGAUGGGGAUUUCAGCAGCAUCAGGAGGUUUUACCCAGACACUUGCAUUCCCCAUGUGCUCACCAAACAGUUCACCCAGCCUGAGAAUAACUUAUUCCAAGGGCUAUACCAUGUUAUUCCCCUUCUUUCCACCCCUGCUGUCCUGUACCCAUGCUGUCUUGUGACCAAAUAGCCUUCUUAUCUCACCAAAGCCUGCAGAAUGGUCCAGUUCCACCAGUACCUGGUAACACCAGUACCUGGUAACACCACUACUCCCAUCACAAGCCUUGACUUGGAAUAAAUUAGUGUCCUUUUCCCAGUCCCCAUCUCUCUGUAGACAUAUCCCUGCUGUGCUGGAGGGAAGGUGCUGUAGGCUGGGUGCAAAGAGGUCCCAGAGUGCACAAAUGGUUUGGUUUUGUAUGAAAAUGGCAGAGCUGAACCUCUGAAAGUCCUGGCAGUGGGAUGGUGGUGGCAGUGGGAUGGUGGUGGCAGUGGGAUGGUGGUGGCAGUGGGAUGGUGGUGGCACUGUUCAGCCCUGGAGCCUGGGGGCUGAAGUGAUGCUGCUACUUCAUCCCAGACCUCCCAGGAGCUUGGGCAACCUUCAUCCUCCCUCUGAUCCAUCCCAUAGUGUUUCACAGGUAAAAUGAUGCCAGAAAGAAGAAGAAAAUAAGGCAAACUGAAGCUCUGCUUAGUCCUAAAGAGACCCCAGAGGCUGGAGGAGUUGUAUAUAUGUUUUAAAAGCGAGGGAGUGGGGUUUGGUAUCUCCUUGCUGCGUGUCUCUGGGGUUUUAGGGGCAUCUCUUGCAAAGGGCAGACUUAGAAAUGCAAGUGCUAAUAAAACCCAAUGGAUCUCCAGCUCCUCCUGAGAUGCUCAUGUGAUAAUGAGGCAAAGGACAUCCUGUACAUAGAAAAGAUAUCUAUAGAAAGAUAUAUAUAAAGAGUAUAAAUACUGUUCUUAAGCUGGGUGUUUAUUGGUAUUACAGGUUGGAGUGGUGCUUCUUUUUAAUGACAAACUAAAUAACACCACCACCAACAACAAAAAGGAGGAAAAAACCCCUUAAACCCCCUCCAAAAAGCCACUAAAUUGGGAUGAUUUUGUCUUAUACACAGAACAAAAGUGACCCCAAAGGGAUUGGGACUGUG